GGAGGGAUUGAUUGGUUCAGCCUAGCUGCAGCCCAGCCUCCUACACAGCUCCCGGCAGUUAAGAAGCAGGGGAUAAAAGCAUUUCACAGGACGGGGAGAGAAAGUCUUGGGGGUACAGGCUGCCCCUGAAAUAAGGAUGUUGCAGCUGAGUGUGUCUGGGCUGGUCCCGGCCUUCGUGUUGGCAUCCCCGUGGCAUCUUCUGCUGCUUGGAGCGGCUUCCUGGCUUCUGGCCAGAAUUCUUGCCUGGACCUAUUCAUUCUGUGAGAACUGCUCCCGCCUCAGAUGCUUCCCUCAGCCCCCUAAAAGGAACUGGUUUUUGGGUCACCUGGGCACUAUCCAGAGCAACGAGGAAGGCAUGCAGCUGGUGACUGAAAUGGGCAAGACCUUCCGAGAUGUCCACCUCUGUUGGCUGGGGCCUGUCAUCCCUGUGCUGAGGCUCGUUGACCCUGCAUUUGUUGCCCCCCUGCUCCAUGCCCCAGCUUUGGUGGCCCCCAAGGACAUGACUUUCUUAGGCUUCCUGAAGCCCUGGCUGGGGGACGGGCUCUUCCUGAGUUCUGGUGACAAGUGGAGCCGCCACCGACGCCUGCUGACGCCCGCCUUCCACUUUGACAUCCUGAAGCCCUAUGUGAAGAUUUUUAACAAGAGUGUGAACAUCAUGCACGACAAGUGGAAGCGCCUAUGCUUGGAGGGCAGUGCACGUCUGGAAAUGUUUGAGAACAUCAGCCUCAUGACCUUGGACAGUCUGCAGAAAUGCCUCUUUGGCUUUGACAGCAACUGUCAAGAGUCUCCCAGUGAAUACAUUGCUGCCAUCUUGGAGCUCAGCUCCCUCAUCGUAAAAAGGUCCCAGAAGCUCCUCCUGUUUGUGGACUUCUUUUACUACCUCACUGCUGAUGGGCGGCGCUUCCGAAAGGCCUGUGAUCUGGUGCACAACUUCACAGAUGCUGUCAUCAGGGAGAGACGCCGCACCCUCAGUAGCCAGGGUGUUGAUGAAUUCAUGAAGACCAAGGCUAAGUCCAAGACUUUGGAUUUCAUCGAUGUGCUCUUGAUGGCCAAGGAUGAACAUGGAAAGGAGCUGUCAGAUGAGGACAUCCGGGCAGAGGCUGACACCUUCAUGUUUGGAGGCCAUGACACCACAGCCAGUGCGCUCUCCUGGAUCCUGUACAACCUGGCGAGGCACCCGGAAUACCAGGAGCGAUGCCGGCAGGAGGUGCAGGAGCUGCUGAGGGACCGAGAGUCUGAGGAGAUUGAAUGGGAUGACCUGGCUCAGCUGCCCUUCCUGACCAUGUGCAUCAAGGAGAGUCUGCGGCUGCAUCCUCCGGCCCCAGACCUUCUUCGCCGCUGCACCCAGGACAUUGUACUACCCGAUGGCAAGGUCAUCCCCAAAGGGAGCAUCUGUAUCAUCAGCGUCUUUGGUAUUCAUCACAAUCCUUCAGUCUGGUCAGACCCUGAGGUCUACGACCCCUUCCGCUUUGACCCAGAAAACCCUCAGAAGAGGUCACCUCUGGCUUUUAUUCCCUUCUCCGCGGGGCCGAGGAACUGCAUAGGACAGACUUUCGCCAUGAACGAGAUGAAGGUGGCGCUGGCGCUCACCCUGCUGCGCUUCCGCGUCCUGCCGGACCACAAGGAGCCGCGCCGGAAGCCGGAGGUGAUCCUGCGCGCAGAGGGCGGGCUGUGGCUGAGGGUGGAGCCGCUGAGCACGGGUGCACAGUGACCCCCCCAAUAUCUGGCCUGGGACUACCCUCACCCACCCGCCUACCGCCUACCGAACGAACUCUGUGGAUCCCAGAAUAAGCCGAGCCCCAUUGAUCGCCAGCAGGGGCCGCAGAAGGCCAACAGAACCAGCUGUGAUCUGGGCGGGAUGAGGCGGAGCUGCUGUUUUUGAGCCAAAGAACCUUACUGUUUGCUAGCCAUGCAAGGCUCCCAUGCUGAUGACAAUUCUUUUCCUGCUCAAGUUUGCACUUCAUCCUGUAAGAGCUUCUGAGCUUUCUGAGGGAGAGUAAGAGAGGGAGCAGAGUUUCAGGCCCGCUUGAGACUCCUAGGCAUUGAAGCAAAGCCUUAAUCACAUUGUUUCCAUUUUCUUCUACUUCAUCCUGCUCCUCGUCUGUUUCAUUAUAUUUGAAGGUAUUCUCCAAUUUUUGUCUUCUUAGUGACGCACUUACAGGAGUGGGCUGCUACACUACACCUAGAGGGAUAUUUAUAAAGUUUGAGUAAAAUGAUUUUUCAGAAAAGGGAAAUCCUGGCGCCCCUGAGAAGCAUGUUAAAUGGCAUUCAAGGCUUGUGAUGCCUAAGAUCACUAAGGCAGCUUAAAAUAUAUGAAAUCACUCUUCCGGAUCCUUCGUUUUACUUUUGUCCUGGGCGAUGUUCAUUGAGAUUCCCACUGACUUUACAAGAAUCUAAUGUUUCCUUUCUCACAGCACUUCUGGGCUUUGAUUCCUCCUCCCCCUCAUCAUGAGUCCAUUAAAAAUGUCAGUUGGGCAUGGGGAUAUGUACCUGAAAUCCCAGUACGUAGGAGGGUGAGACAGAGGAUCAUGAGUUGGAGAAUAUCUUGGAAUACAUAGAAAGUUUGGAACUAGGCUGGGGACAUAAUAAAACUAUGUCUCCAAAAAUAAAAAUUAAACCCAUUAAAA